UAAAGAAAACUGGGAAUGACUAACCGUUUCGGCCGCCCCCUCUGGGUCGCCGGCAGAAACUCCGGCGGCGGCGUCGUCUGAAGCAACAUUGUUGAAAAAACGCCACAUUGUUGGGGAGUUGAAGCUGAAGAACUGCUAGAGCAUUACAUUUAUUGUUUCGAGCGUUCCUCUUUCUUUCUUUGAUUCAUCUCUAACUCUCUUGCCUACAUAUGCUUCCAAUGGAGCACUUCUCUUCACUCAUCCUCUUACGUUUUCAUCUUUCUAUUCCAUUUUCCUCCGAUUGUUCUUGCGGAUGCCAAACCGUUGGUAAUCCUUCUUGUUGUAUUGUAAAUUUCACUUCUGAUCGACUUCUUCCAUUUCGAAUUUUGUCGGUAAUUCGUAGCGAUGAUCUUAUUAGGUCCUGUGACGCACGGCCAGGUUUCGUUUCUAAUCGGAUUUAUAACCACAUUCGUAGCCUGGAUUUAUUCGGAGUACUUAGUAUUUAAAAAUAAUUCGAUCUCUUCCAAAGUAAGAGACUCUGAUGUUGGCUUGGCUGAGGCGGAAAGUCUUAGUGUAAAGGAAGAUGAUAGAGCUGUUUUAUUAGAUGGUGGAGCUAUCAAGCCUAGUCCUUAUGGAGCUCGAAUUCCACCUUCUUUCUCUAAUCUUCUCAGGUUCAUAUUGCUGGAACAGUCUUUCUUGAUAGAAAAUCGAAUGCUACUCAGAGCAGCAUGUGAAUUUGGUUUUCUUUUAGCAUAUUUCUACAUUUGUGACCGUACCGAUAUAUUUGAAUCCUCAAAGAAGAGUUACAAUCGAGAUCUUUUCUUCUUCCUUUUAUUCCUUCUCAUCAUGGUGUCAGCUAUAACUUCAUUCAAGAUACAUCUCGAUAAAUCGCCAUUUUCAGUGAAACCCAUACUGUUCUUGAAUAGGCAUCAAACUGAGGAGUGGAAAGGAUGGAUGCAGGUGAUUUUUUUGAUGUACCAUUACUUCGCUGCAAGAGAAAUUUACAAUGUUGGUCGUGUAUGUGUUGCUGCAUAUGUGUGGAUGACUGGAUUUGGGAAUUUUUCAUAUUACUAUAUUCGCAAAGACUUUAGCUUUUCCAGAUUUGCUCAGAUGAUGUGGCGGCUUAAUUUCUUGGUGUUUGGUUGCUGCAUUGUCCUUGACAACAGUUACAUGCUAUACUAUAUCUGCCCCUUGCACACUUUUUUCUCUCUUACGGUAUACGGCUUUGUUGGUAUUCUGAACAAGUACAAUGAGAUUAGAUCCGUCAUUGCUGUGAAAUUCUUGGCUUGCUUCUUGAUCGUUAUCAUAGUAUGGGAAAUACCCGGAGUGUUUGAUGUGCUUUGGGAACCAUUUACCUUCAUUUUAGGAUAUAAGGAUCCAAAUCGAUUGGCAGAACAGCUGCCUCCUAUGUAUGAGUGGCACUUCCGCACAGGGCUUGAUCGCUAUAUUUGGAUAUUAGGCAUGCUGUAUGCUUUCUAUUAUCCAACUGCUGAGAAAUGGAUUGAAAAGUUAGACGAAGCCAAACUGAAGCGCAGGAUAUUGAUCAAAACGACAAUUGUUGUGACAUCCUCAAUGGCUGCAUAUCUGUGGUAUGAGUACAUAUUCAAAUUGGACAGUAUUACUUACAACAAAUACCAUCCUUACACUUCCUGGAUUCCCAUUACGGCCUAUAUAUGUAUACGAAAUGUUACCCAGAGUACCCGUAGCUAUACUUUGCUCGUUUUCGGUUGGAUUGGAAAGAUUUCACUGGACACAUACAUCUCGCAGUUCCAUAUUUGGUUAAGAUCAAAUGCUCCGGAUGCCCAGCCGAAAUUGUUGCUGACUAUCAUCCCUGACUAUCCUUUAUUAAACUUCAUGCUUACAACUAUCAUACUGAUGGCGGCUUCUUACAGGCUGUCUGAGCUGACAAAUACAUUUAAAACGGCAUUUGUACCUAGCAAGGACAAUAAGCGCAUUAUGUAUAACAUGAUCAGUGGAGGUGCAAUCAUGGGCAUCCUCUACUCCUUGUCCUUUGUAUUCCUCAAAGUGCCACCAGCGUUGGUUUGAGAAUUGGAGAAAAUCAAAUAAAGAUUGUACAGAAGGGCACUGGAGUUGACUACAAUUUUCUGUGAAAGACAAGAGGGAGCAUUCGACUCCAAACGAGAGUAUUGAAGCACGGAAUUUGUUUUACAGGUUAACCCCACUGAUCUUAGUGAAUUAUGAAAUGAAAUAAAGUACAUUUUCCCAUCA